UCCGCGGUGAUGCUGGCCGCUCAGCUGCUGCACGCUUCCGGAGCUCCGGUUGAAGACACGCCCACCGACACCCCGGCAGGUGAGCCCUCAGGUGAGGAGGAGGUGGUGUCCUCGGACCUACUGAGCGUGUCACCGGUCUGGCACGCGCUCCUCGGAGCGACCAGGCGCCACAAGAAGGAGUUUGAAGAUGAAUUCCAAAAUGAGUUGAAAUAUCAUUUUCUGGAGAACUACAGAGUCUCCUCACUUCCAGCAGGCUGCCCUUACUCCAACUUCAGCAAGGAGGCUUGUCUCCACAGAUUGGCCCAAGGCCUGCUUAUUUACACAGUUCUUCUCAAGCACGUGGAGAAGGAGUACCCCAGCAGCUCGAUCUGCUCAGUGGCCAAAUACUACAGCGGCCACCUGGUCAACCUGUGCAAAGAGAAGAUGAGGAACUCCGAACAGGUCACAGCACUGAACAGCAGCCAGGAGGCGCAGCUGCUGAGGGAGGUCGACAACCCCGACACUUUCCACAGGAAGAUGACCGCCCACAGCAUCCUGCGCCAACUCCACCACUUCCUCGUCGAUAGCAGAAGAGCUAUUACUAAAAAGGAGAAGACCAGGGGAAGUGUGGCCGACAGGCUUUUGGCACCCAUCACUUUCCAUAACCAAAAGUUUAAAGAUGAGACUGAACGGUUAUGA